GGAGGAGCGAUGGAGUGGUCAUUCCGGGCGGGAAAUAGCAGAGAUGAUCCUCGCUGAGGAUCGAACCUGCGCCAAGAGCAAGGCCGGUCCAUUACCAUCGAGUGAGGAGGAGGAGGACGGCAGUGACGAGGCUCUGAAGAUCGAUACGAGAAGAUCCAAGGAAGAGAAGGAGCGGGAGGAGAGAUUCCACUCUGCGGUCCAGCGCGCGAUGGACCCAAAAUAUAAGUCGCCACGGAAACGUAGUAGAUCGAGAGAAGAUUCAUCGGAUGGGGAAAGCAGUGAGUCCGAACGUCGGCAUAGUCGGCAUCACCGCAAGGAAAAAAGGCGGAGGCAUAAACAUGAAAAAAAAUAUAAGAAGAAACAUCAUCAUCAUCAUCGUCACCAUCAUCGUGAGAGGUCCAUAUCGUCUAGUUCUGGAGAAGAGGAGGAGGAGGCACCUGUGGUGAAGGCUGAGCCAGAUGAGGAGGAUUCGGGAUACGAGUGGGUAGAAAAGAAAGUAGACGUACCGUCCACGGUAUUCCAACCGGCUGGGAGUAGGUCGAAUGAGGAGAGUAGUGAAGAUGAAGACGAGGGCUUCGGGCCAAGGCCUAUGUUGGCUAGCACUGAUGCUUUGGGGGGUGUUAAACCUCAUGGAGGAAUCGAUUACGGCAAGGCGUUGCGACCGGGUGAGGGUGAGGCUAUGGCGAGUUAUGUAGCGGAGGGACAGCGUAUCCCACGAAGAGGUGAGGUUGGAAUGUCAACGGAUGAGAUAGAGAAAAUGGAGUCCGUGGGUUACGUCAUGUCCGGCAGUCGGCAUAGGCGAAUGAACGCUGUCCGUAUUCGGAAGGAGAAUCAGAUUUAUAGCGCUGAAGAAAAGCGAGCUCUGGCGCUGUAUAAAUUCGAGGAGAAGGCUAACCGAGAGGCUCAGAUCACACAGACCUUCAUGGACAUGCUGAAGAAACAAAAAGAACAACUGGAGAAAGGAGGAGGACUUGUGGAGCCGACAGAGAGCAAGUUCACAAGUAAAGGGGAAGAGAGUAAGUUUAUGUAG